AUGUCACAAAAAAGAAUUGAGCAGAGUGAAAUUGAAAAGUAUUGGGAAAUAUUUACUUCACUUUCCAAUGGUGGGACUCAUCUUACUGGCGCCCAAGCUGCACCAAUUUUAAAGAAUAGUCAGCUUCAAGAUGAUGCACUUGAACGCAUAUGGGAUUUGGCAGAUGUUGACAAUGACGGGAGCUUAGACUUUGAAGAAUUUUGUGUAGCUAUGCGAUUGAUUUUUGAUUUAGUUAACGGAGAAUAUAAUGAAGUGCCCUCACAACUUCCCGACUGGCUUGUGCCAGAAACCAAAGCACAUCUUGUGCAAGCAUCUCGAGCGCUCACCGGAAAGCGUGUUCAGUUCGAGCAAGCAGACGACGAUUCGGACUUUCCUGAGCUGAAAGAUGGCUUUGACUGGUACAUGAGCCCUCAAGAUAAAGCAAAGUAUGAGGAGAUCUAUUCAGCUAACCGUGAUGCGAAAGGAGAUAUAACAUUCGAUUCUCUAAACCCUUUGUAUUCGUCUUUAGAUGUGCCUGAUACUGAUAUUAGAUCUGCUUGGAAUCUCAUCAAUCCCUCAGCCUCUCUGGCAAUAUCUAAAGAUGCUACCCUUGCAUUUUUACAUAUCCUCAAUAAUCGACACGAAGGAAAUCGUAUUCCUCGGACAGUUCCACCUUCAUUACGCGCAAGUUUUGAGCGAAACAAAAUUGAUUACCAGAUAAACAACCAAAGAAAGUCGCAGCCGGCCCAAAGAUGGGCCACAUCUAGUGGCGAAGAAACAAGCACUGGUCGUAAAGCGAAAUUUGGCGACACAUAUUUAAGCCGAAUCGGAGUUGGGGGAAAAUCGUCUUACAGACCUUCCGGGACAGAUUUUUCGGGUACUAAAACCUCAGAGGACUGGGAAGAAGUCCGCUUAAAAAAGCAACUCGCGGAAUUGGAGGCCAAGAUUGAAAAAAGAGAAUCGGCAUCUUCUCAAGAAUUUGGCGCUAGACAUGAAUCUAAGCACGCAAUUAUCAAGAAAGAGCUCAAACAGUUACUAGAAUACAAGAAAGGACAACUUAAUGAAUUGAAGCUGGGGAAUGGCCCCAGUACGGUUGGUGCUAAUUUGAAGGAGGUAGAAAACGAGAUAGCUACUGUCAAAGAGCAAAUUGAUGGACUAGAGGCACAUUUAAAAUUACGGCAGCAGGCAUUGUCAGAGCUUCAGUUGGAAAUAGAGAAAGAAAAGUCGAAUCAAUUAUAA